AUGAAGAAACGCUACUUUUACUUGUUCCCUCUUGCAGUACUUGUUUCGCUGGACUAUCUAAUGAUGACCGGCUUCACAGCCAUGAAAAGAUUAAGUUUAGGCACUGAUCAAUCUGCUCUUUUAGCCCUGAAAGCCCAUAUCACUUCAGAACAGCAAGAAUUUUUGUCAAAAAACUGGUCUUCUACAGCUGCUGCACCCUCUGUCUGUGACUGGAUAGGAGUCCAGUGCAGCUCCCGACAUCAAAGAGUGACUGCUUUAAAUAUUUCAAACAUGGGACUUACCGGCACAAUACCUCCGGAUUUGGGAAACCUCUCCUUUCUUGUUUCUCUUGAUCUGAGAAAUAACUCCUUCCACGGAAAUCUGCCAGAAGAGUUGUCACAUCUGCGCCGCCUGCGGUACUUCAGGUUAACAUCUAACAACUUCAAUGGAGAGAUUCCAAUGUGGUUUGGUCGCUUUCCAGAGCUCCAGUUCUUAUUUCUGGGCAAGAAUGGUUUUAGUGGUUUUAUUCCUCCUUCAAUCUCCAACUCGUCAAAACUGGAAACCAUGACUUUAGCAGAAAAUUUUCUGGAGGGUAAUAUUCCAGAAAAGAUGGGAAAUCUGACAGUUCUCAAAGAGCUGUAUUCAUCUAGGAAUUAUUUAGUUGGUCCGAUACCAUUGAGCUUCUGCAAGUUGUCUCAACUUCAAGUGCUAGACUUGGCAUUCAACAGGUUUAGUGGGCAUAUACCCAAAGAAAUUGGGAACCUGGAGAAGCUUACGUUUUUCUCCCUCAUGAAUAACUUCUUCACAGGUAAUGCUUUUGCUUUGCCUUUUUGCAUACGAACGAGGCCAAACUGCAAUUAA